CUGCAACUUACUGUGCGCAGCAAUAACGUUAUACUGCUCACUUUUUGUUCUCAUUCAAAUUCAAGGAAGUUGAAGAUCGCACCAUGCCGGUAUCUUUACAGAAAGUUCAUAAGCAUAUUGCUAAAAAGCGAGGGGUAGUUGACGCACUGCAUGAGAACAGCAGAGAUGCGAAGAGAUUGCGCCGCGCAGGUAUUAGAGACGAUCGGGUUGCUCGUGUCUCUGCCACAUUGGCCCGAGGACGACAGUCCUACAUUGACCGGAUUGUAUACUUCCACGAAAAUGUCCCGAAGGAUGCAGGCGCCUUCUCGGAUAGUGACAUGAUGAAUUUAAUUGUUAGAUACAUCAACCGAAGUGUCCCUGAAAUCGAGCAAUUACAGAGUGAACGGCGGAAAGGCCGACCCCCCAGCAAACGAGAGGAAAAUCUCCUCCAGCGAACCGACGUGGAGAAUAAAGAGUUUAAGACCGGUUUCUGGUUGCCCGAUCUUAGCCAACAAGAUGUAAUCAAGGCCCUUGCCUCAUGGAAUGGGGAUUGGUCCGGACUCAGCAGCAUGAAGUUCAUUCGCUUGACCAAGGAUGGUGGGAAGCAGUCUUCAGCUUUUCCUCCGAAAGGGAUGUCGUGAUCUUUAGUUAUGGUUUUGGUUUUAAGACCCCAUCGCUCACAUUGGUUUUGGCACAUAAUGGCGUUGACGACCGUAUAUACCAGCAUCUUGAUGUUCGUUAGUAUGUUUCAAGGUUUGGCUACAAAAGCACAUCAACCAAACGUCUGCUCUGCAUCUGUGACGGCAUUGCACAUCGCCGCCAGGUUAUUACCUGUAGGAUAAAAAUUAAACUUAAAAAUAGCAAUGGCAGGAUCAGGUUCACAGCGGAAACACUGG